UUUCAAAUAACCCAUACGAAGCGGUGCGCGUACUUUGGGGCCGUCGAGGAAGACGGGCGCAACCCUUUCCGAAUGGAACAACCGGAGUCAUCCGUGUAGUCUUAUUUUGAAAGGCAGGAGCGUGCCUUCCAAGCGCGCUCCCGUGGGAGUUGGCACAGCGUGCCCGAGCGCGCGCGCCGAGUCGCUCGAGUCUCGUUUGGACUUUUGGACGACGACAUGAAGACAAACGAAUAACGAGCAGCGGCAGCGGGAUCGGCGGCAGCGGCGAGCAUCCUCAUUGGCUGGAGGAGGACCAGUGGGCGGGGCUUCUCAAGAGCACUAAACCGGGCUCUUCUUGACCAGCAGAAUCAACAUGAGGCUCAGGUGCUUCCUGAUGCUCCUGACCAGCACCACUGUUCUUGGGGGCGACGACACGGAGCUUUGCGCCGGGCGAGACUGUUCCGCCUGUCGAUGCUUUCCGGCGAAGGGAGCGAGGGGCUCUCCGGGGUCUCUUGGGCGGCAGGGUUCUCAGGGACCCCCAGGCUUCCCAGGCCCUCAGGGUCCUCCAGGAGAGAAAGGCAAGCGAGGGACUGAAGGCCCAGCAGGACGUCAGGGGCCAAAGGGAGACGCGGGAGCUGUGGGCGUUCCCGGAUUUCCUGGUUUAGAGGGAGUCCCGGGUCACCCGGGCCCAGCCGGCGGUCCCGGUUUUCCAGGUGUGGACGGGUGUAACGGGACGAGAGGAAGCCCGGGAAAGUCCGGACAGCCUGGAGAACAAGGGCCUCGUGGUGACGUGGGUUUUCAAGGAGCAAAGGGAUUUCCAGGGGAGCCAGCGCUCUUCUUCCUCCAGUACCCCGGAGUGCCCGGUGUCGCCGGCCUCGGGGGACUUCCUGGUCUGCCGGGUGGACCGGGUCCCAGAGGUUCGAGAGGAUUAGCGGGUCCGAUUGGUCCUGAUGGAUUCAAUGGUAUCCCUGGCCUGCCAGGUUCCAGAGGUCCCCCUGGCGAACGAGGUAGAUCGGUGCCGGGACCGCAAGGAGAUGAGGGGGAGCAAGGCUUACAGGGGCCUCCGGGGCCAUUUGAGUAUGUGGACCCCCCAGAGGAUUUCUACAUCAAAGGAGAGCAGGGUCCGGCGGGGCCUAAAGGGCGUUGUGGAGCUCAAGGCCUGCCAGGUCUGGAUGCCCUUCCUGGUGUCAAGGGAGAAAAAGGGAUUGUGGGACUUCCUGGACCCAGGGGACUCCCAGGACGCUUGGGUCUACCCGGUUACAAAGGAGCCAAGGGCGCUGUAGGAAGUUCUGGUCUUCCAGGUCUGAUCGGACAAGAAGGUCCAAAGGGCAUGAUGGGAGAUCCUGGUUUCAAAGGCCUCCCGCAGGAAAUUGUCAUCACACUUCCGGGUGACGCUGGAGAUCCAGGGACUCCAGGACCGACGGGACCUCCAGGAGAUCGUGGAUUCAUGGGAGCACACGGGCCCCGAGGAUCCCCUGGUCGAUCCAUACCGGGACUGGCAGGUGUGCUGGGAGCAAGGGGGACUCCAGGAUGCAGAGGUGACAAAGGAGAUCCGGGUCAAGUUUUCACAGAUCAAGAAGCAUUUCCUGGGGAAACUGGAAUACCGGGAAGAGCAGGACCCAGAGGAGCAAAAGGACAACCAGGGAGGCCAGGCUAUUACUGCCUUCCUGGAGUGCCAGGAGAACCUGGAGAACUCGGUGAACAAGGGCCCUCUGGGGCACCGGGUGAUCAUGGAUUCAAAGGUCGACAAGGUGAAUGCUCCUGCGGUCCUCCAAUUGUGGUGAGGGGACCCCCAGGACCAGUGGGGAAGCCCGGUUUGGUGGGGUAUCCAGGGUCCCCAGGAGCCCAAGGACCAAGAGGGGAGAACGGCUGCGCGGGAGACACAGGUGUUUCUGGCCAGCCGGGCCUGGGUGGCUUACCUGGUAUCAAAGGGUUCAAAGGUCAAAAGGGAGACUUCAUUGUGGUGGAAAUCAAAGGCGAGAAGGGCGAAAGAGGGGAGUUGGGUCUUGCGGGUAGACAAGGUUUCCCUGGAAGAGGAGGACAGGAUGGACUCCCAGGACUCCCUGGAAUCCCUGGACCUCAGGGAGAAAGUUACUCCGCUUCUCCGGGGGACCAAGGCCUUCCGGGUCUUCCUGGCCCCAAAGGACUAACCGGACAAACUGGCCCCCAGGGAUCAGGCAUAGUUGGAGCAAUUGGAAAGCGGGGGGACCCAGGAGCCCCAGGAUUUCCAGGUUUCUCUGGCUUCCCUGGCCUGAAAGGUGUUCAAGGCGAAACACUUCCUUGUAUACCCAGAAACCCUGGACCCCGAGGACAGAAAGGGGAGGCAGGAGAAACAGGCCCGAGAGGGCUUCCUGGUCCUCGUGGUUUCAGCGGAUUCACAGGACCUGAUGGACCUAAAGGAGAAACAGGACAGUCUGGACCUGCUGGACCACCUGGACUAGCAGGACCAAGAGGUUUUAUUGGAGAUACCGGAGUUGAAGGACUUGAAGGAUUCAGUUUUACUGGAGAGCCAGGCUCGCCAGGUGCACCAGGCACUCCUGGACUUAGAGGACAAGCUGGAGAUUCUUAUGUGGGGACCUCAGGACCCAUUGGCUUUCCAGGGCUAGCUGGCUCUCCUGGACCUAAAGGAGUCCCAGGUCAACCUGGUAACCAAGGUCUCCAAGGGGUCCCAGGUCUACCUGGGGUUCCAGGACCAAAGGGCCAGAGAGGACAGGAUGCUGCACCGGGCAGCAUUGGUCCCCCUGGCCCUAUCGCUGAUCUGUGCAAAAGAGGAAAACCUGGUCCCGCAGGUCCUUCUGGUCCACAAGGAGCUAGUGGUCCCCAGGGAUGUUUUGGGGAGAAAGGUGACGUGGGUGAACCGGGAUCUCCAGGCUAUGGACCCCCUGGCCCUGUGGGCAAACCAGGGUCUCCUGGCUUUCCUGGCUAUCCGGGGCUUCCGGGCACCCCUGGUUCAAGUGGAGACUCUGGAUUUGCAGGUUGGGAUGGACGGAAAGGUCUGAUGGGACCCCUUGGUAAGAACGGUGUCCCAGGAGUGCGAGGAUUGAUUGGGUUCCCAGGAUACCCAGGGAGGCCAGGAGAGAGAGGACCUCGUGGACAAGAUGGCAGGCCAGGAUGUCAAGGUCCCAAAGGAGAGCAGGGAUGUAAAGGCUACCCAGGACCGCCUGGCAAGACACUGGGUGUCCCAAUCAAAGGUGCGAGGGGCAAACCUGGUCCCCCUGGUGUCAACGGUUUCCCCGGUGCACGAGGAAAUAAGGGUGCACAAGGUCUUGUGGGCAAGCCUGGGUACCCAGGCAUCAACAUGCCCUCGGGUAUCAGCGGGCCCCCAGGUCCACCAGGGAAUACGGGCAAACCAGGGAUUUCCGGAAGGCCUGGUCAUCCUGGACCGUCCGGUUUCCUUGGCUUACCUGGAGAAACAGGAGACACAGGUGACCCAGGAUCCCCUGGAAGGCCCGGUGAACACGGUCGACAAGGACGUCUCGGAUCCAAAGGUGAUCAAGGAGAGUCUCGCAGUCGACCUGGUUUACCUGGAGACAAGGGGCCUUCUGGAGACGCUGGGCCUCAAGGUGCUUCUGGACCUCAAGGUGAACCUGGAGCGCUUGGUUUCAUUGGCGAGCCAGGCCAGAGAGGCUCCAAAGGGGAUCUGGGACAGCCUGGGGAGCAAGGACCACCAGGUGUGAUUGGGCCCCCAGGCCCCAGAGGUCGGCCAGGGGUUCCGGGUCUUCCUGGCAAUACGGGUGCUGACGGUCCCGCUGGACCGCAGGGCAUCUUUGGACUCCAAGGUCCUCCUGGACCGCUGGGACGUCAUGGCCUCGACGGACUAAAGGGGGUGAAAGGAGACAUUGGCACCAGAGGUCUCGGUAUUCCAGGUUCUCAAGGUUCUCAAGGUCUUCUGGGAGAUAAAGGCCCUUCCGGUCCUCCAGGUCACCCAGGUUCAUCGCAGCCUGGACCUCCAGGACCUAAAGGCCCUUCAGGAGCUCGAGGGCCACAAGGACAAAUUGGGCCAUUGGGUGAAUCUGGACCUGCCUGUAAAAAUCCUCCCUCGGGUAUUUCGGGAGAUCCUGGAGACCCUGGACCAGAUGGAGAGUCAGGUUUCCCCGGCGACAUGGGGGAUUCGGGUCCUAACCCUCCAGUUCCUGGUGAUGAUGGGGACAGCGGAGACAACGGAUGCCCUGGCCUAAAGGGAGACAAAGGACUUCCAGGGCCCAGAGGACAAGCAGGCACAAGUGGAAAUCAAGGGUUAAAAGGUGAGCGAGGUACUCCAGGUCUGAUGGGGAUACCUGGAAAUCCGGGCUCAAGAGGUUUGCCGGGACCAACCGGACCUCUCGGGUCUCAGGGCUGUACGGGUCAGGCGGGUCCAAAGGGAGAGAUGGGCAGAGUUUUUCCCUGCUCCACUUACCCUUCACCCCCACAGGGCCCUCCGGGACCCCCUGGGCUACCUGGUCUACUGGGAAAUAUAGGUUUUCAGGGAGACGAUGGAUUUGAGGGACUCAAAGGUAAGAAAGGGGAUGCCGGGUGCAUUGGGCCCCGAGGCCCUCUGGGGCCACCGGGGCCUGUUGGGGAGCCAGGUCGACGAGGCCUGGAGGGUGAGAGAGGUGCGGUGGGAGCCAAAGGUGAUCCUGGUUUGACCGGAGACCGUGGACCUCCCGGACCAUCCAGACCCGUGAACGCAGGCUUCCUAAUGGUCAUCCACAGCCAGUCCAAAAUGCCUCCAUCUUGUCCCCAGGGGAUGCAAACCCUGUGGUUGGGAUACAGUCUCUUGUACCUGGAAGGCCAGGAGAAAGCGCACACUCAGGACCUCGGUCAGGCGGGCUCGUGCAUGCGCGUCUUCUCCACCAUGCCCUUCGCCUCAUGUAACAUGGGAACGUGCUCGUACGCCGGCCGCAACGACAAAUCCUAUUGGCUGUCGGCCACGGCCGCCGUGCCCGCCUUGCCCGUGGGCGGAGCCUCCAUCCGAGAGCACAUCAGCCGCUGCGCCGUUUGUGAGGCGCCCUCUGCCCCCGUGGCCCUACACAGCCAGUCGCCGGUGGGGCCGCCGUGCCCCUCUGACUGGGCAAGCCUGUGGACCGGCUUCUCCUUCCUCAUGCACACGGGCGCCGGCGACGAGGGCGGCGGUCAGUCGCUGACGUCGUCGGGAAGUUGCCUGCGGGACUUCCGGCCGCAGCCCUUCGUGGAGUGCCAGGGCCCCCGGGGGACGUGCCAUUACUUUGCCAACAUUUACAGUUUCUGGCUAACGGCGCCCGAUGCUGCCGACAGCCGCCAGCACGCCGCCAAGGUGGGACGCUGCAACGUCUGCAUCAAGGUGGCCCCGCCCUGAACGCCAAGCGCCCGCUUUUGCUCACCACAACUUCAAAUUAAAACAAAAUAUAUCUUUUGGA